UCAUAUCAUCAGAAACAAAAGUUCAGAAAAGAGGAAAGAGAAUGGUCCGGGGUAUCACAAACUCACAAAGGAUCAAUGAAAACAAUCAAUUGAACUGUAGCAACUCCAGAGACUGAAUGAAUUUGCAGAAUGUUGAAAGAGAUCCAUGCAGGAACCUCGCUCUCCAUCUAGCUCUCUGCAGGACGCAGAUGAACAUGUCUACUUUGGGACGAGUCACAGAGAGCGAGAACUGACUUAAUAGGCAACAGCGAUCCAACAAUUGAGGAGGCCCUGUAUAAUCAUGGAAAGUAGGGAGAGCGUAAGGGCUGGUGAGAGGCUUCCAGAGGAUGGAGGAACCCAGCCUGGAGAGCAGCAAAAUACAUGCAUGGGAUAUUGUAAGACCUUCGGUGAUCCAGGUGGUGUUUCUAGAUGCGAAAGAAAGCACAUUGGGGAGAUCGGAAAUAAAGGCAUGGAAUGUGGAAAGAGCUUCAGUCAGCAUGGACAUCUGAUAAGGCAUCAAAGAACUCACACUGGGAAGAAGCCAUACACGUGCAUGAAAUGUGGAAAGAGCUUCAAUCAGAGGGGAAAUCUUACAACGCAUCAAAGAACCCACACUGGGGAGAAGCCACACACCUGCAUAGAAUGUGGAAAGAGUUUCAGUCAGAGGAUAUGUCUUAUACUGCAUCGAAGAACCCACACUGGGAAGAAGCCAUAUUCAUGCAUGGAAUGUGGAAAGAGCUUCAUUCAGUGUGGACAUCUCAUAAUGCAUCAAAGAAUCCACACUGGAGUGAAGCCAUACAAAUGCAUGGAAUGUGGAAAGGCCUUCAGUAGGUGUGGAGAGCUUACUCAACAUAACAGGACCCACACAGGGGAGAAGCCAUUCAAAUGCAUGGAAUGUGGAAAGACCUUCUGUCGGAGUGGAGAGCUUACUCAACAUCACAGGACCCACACAGGGGAGAAGCCGUACAAAUGCAUGGAAUGUGGAAAGAGCUUCAGUCAGAGUGGAGAGCUUACUCAACAUCACAGGACCCACACUGGAGAGAAGCCAUUCAAAUGCAUGGAAUGUGGAAAGACCUUCAGUGGGAGUGCAGGUUGUAUUCAUCAUCGCAGGACCCACACAGGGGAGAAGCCGCACACAUGCAUGGAAUGUGGAAAGAGCUUCCGUCAGAGGAGAUGUCUUAUGCUGCAUCAAAGAACCCACACUGGAGAGAAGCCAUACACAUGCAUGGAAUGUGGAAAGAGCUUCACUUUUAGUGGAAGUCUUACUCGACAUCAAAGAACCCACACAGGGGAGAAGCCAUACAAAUGCACGGAAUGUGGAAAGACCUUCAGUCAGAGUGGAUAUCUCAUAACGCAUCUAAGAACCCACACUAGAGAGAAGCCAUACCAAUGCAUGGAAUGUGGAAAGACCUUCAGUAGGAGUGGAGAGCUUACUCAGCAUAACAGGACCCACACUGGAGAGAAGCCAUACAAAUGCAUGGAAUGUGGAAAGAGCUUCAGUCGGAGAGGAUGUUUUAUACUGCAUCAAAGAACCCACACUGGGGAGAAGCCAUACACAUGCAUGGAAUGUGGAAAGAGCUUCAUUCGCAGUGGAAAUCUUAGAAAGCAUCGAAGAACCCACACUGGAGAGAAGCCAUACACAUGCAUGGAAUGUGGAAGACGCUUCAGUCAGAGGAGACCUCUUACACUUCAUCGAAGAACCCACACUGGAGAUAAGCCAUACACAUGCAUGGAAUGUGGAAAGACCUUUUGUCAGAGUGGACAUCUCAUAAAUCAUCAGAAAACCCACACUGGAGAGAAGCCAUACACAUGUAUGGAAUGUGGAAAGACCUUCAGUCGGAGCGGACAUCUCAUAAGGCAUCAAAAAACCCAUACAGGAGAGAAGCCAUACACAUGCACAGAAUGUGAAAAGGCCUUCAGUCAGCAUGGACAUCUCAUAAGGCAUCAGAGAACCCACACUGGAGAGAAGCCAUACACAUGCAUGGAAUGUGGAAAGACCUUCAGUGGGAGUGGAGAUCUUACUCAUCAUCACAGGACCCACACGGGGGAGAAGCCAUACAAAUGCAUGGAAUGUGGAAAGGUCUUCAGUGGGAGUGGAGGUCUUACUCAACAUCACAGGACCCACACUGGAGAGAAGCCUUACACAUGCAUGGAAUGUGGAAAGGCCUUCAGUGGGAGUGGGCAUCUCAGAAGGCAUCAAAAAACCCACAUUGGAGGCUUCCGGUUUGGCGUCAUGGCGGCACAAAUGUGAGGAGCGCGGGUUCCUGCUAUCACGCCGGUAUUUGUUUGACCGAGAGCCGUGGGAGGCUCAUCUAAGCCCUGUCGGGGCGAAGAUUAGAUUGUCCGGGCACUCUUGUAAUUGUGCGGUGUAGCGGCUCCGCAUUUAUUGGGAGAGAUUUGGUCUUUUCUCAGUCGGACAACACAGAGAAGAGAUAACAGCUCCCUACAAGCCAUUUACAUCCGGGAGAAUUGCGUAGAAGAAUUAGCUGGAAGUUCAUUGGACCUGCUGGAUCAGCUUUUUUAUCUUUUUUUUUCUUCUAUACUACCCGGGAAGAGCAGCAGCAGCUUCUAAUUUGGCAUAAAGAAAAACAGGGAAGCCCUUUGAUGGAGGGAGGAAUUCUUCCUCCCCUCAUGGAGUUUUAAGUGGCGACUGUUCUGGGGGAGAGGAACUGAGGCUCUUUUGGGAAGUUUGGGGCUGGAGAGAAAGGCCUUUUUUUUCUAACCUCCCCAAGGGCGAGGAAUCAGAAUAAAUAAUUACUCUGGAAUAACGUGAUAGAAGAUAAAGUUUACCUUGAUUGGCCAUUUUUCUGUCUUUUUCUUGGACUCUUGCCAGAAAGAAUUGGACUCUUGCCAAAACAACUUUCAUACCAAAAUAUCACCAUGCUUUCUUUGUGUCGCCAUAUUUUUUUUGCCGUUUUUUGGAAAAUAUCAAAAAGAGCUACAUAGGAUGCUUCCUGCGAUACGGACACCCUUAACAGAUUUGCAUACAUGCCAAGACGCAAUGUUAAUUCAACAGGAAAACAUUUCAAUUGAACAAAGAGAAUGUCUCAACAAAUUGGAUAAUUCUGUUAAGGGGGUUUUGGUGGUCAUUCAAUUUAAAACUGAACAAAAUACACAAAAAAUACAACAAUCAUAUGAAACCCUUAAAUGGUGGAUAAAGAAACACAAUUAAUAAUGCCAAUAGAGCGGUUAUCAUGGGAUUCACUUGUUUUAUUAGAGAGGGAGGAGGUAUCCAGAUAUUUGAGAGAGCCUAUGUUUAGGUGGCUAUUGACAGAAGGAACAUCUCUUACCUGGAACGUUACAAGACACAAACCGGACUCGAUUGUUAAGGCACAAGAGUUGAAUGAAAAAUUUAGAAGUAUGUCUGAAGAGGCAGAAUUGGGUGCCUCAAAAAAAGGAGGGAUAGGUGCCGAACUAACUACAUAUCAUUCUGAGGAAGGAGAAAUAGUGAAUACUGAUUUGCAACAAGCACUCCAGAUACUGAAAACAAAAGAAGAGAGAUGGGGCAGGGGUGUAAUGAAGAAACAGAAGAAUUUUCUUUUUUAAAAGAAAUGAUUUAAAUGGGUUGACAUGUUUAUAUGUGGUAUGAGAUGGCUAAGUUACAUGAUUUUUUUUUAAAGUUGCUAUACUAGAAAACCAUUCAUGUUGGUGUAGGAAAAGGUAUACUAAGAUGUUUUUUUCACCCAUGGAAGCUUCUCUGUAUCCAAAUAUAUUGAAUGUUGAAGGGAUUAUAAGAUAUGAUGUACAUUUUGGAUAAAGAUGGAGGAUUGAAAUUGAGCUAAGAAAUACAAGAACAAGGAGUUGGUAUCUUUUGGUGACAUAAGGUGCAGAUACAAUCAAGAUAUGUUAAAGAUUGUAAAGAGUGGGGUUUUUAUAAGGAGUUCAUAGUAUUUGACUAAGUGAUGCUUAAAUUAGAUGAAAUAUUAACAACUUCAUAUAAAGAAAGCUUGUAUACGAUGUGUUAUAGGUGGUAGCUGUCGCCAGAUAGAUUAGCCAACAUGUUUUUAAAGAUGUCAAAUGGAUGCUGGAUAUGUAAACAUAAAUUGGGUAUUUUUUAUUGUAUAUGGUAGAGGAAGUGGUACAAAAAUCCUUAGUUUCUUCAACCUGAAAUUUCUUUUCUCAUUAGGCAUUAUACUGGGACAUUAGUAAAUAAGAAAUGUAUCCGAUUUUACAUGUAAUCAUUGCAGUGAGGAGUGUAUUUGCUUAAUACUGGAACAAUGAGGAAUUACCCAUCGAUGAAUUGAUUAAAAGAUCCUGGAUUGUGCAGAAA